AUGAAGUUCUCCGCUGCUUGUGUCGCCCUCUCCAUCGGUGUUGCUACCGCUUCACCCGUCUUCCGCGUCCCCAGUCUUGCCAAGGUUGCCCCCCGCAGCAUCAAGACCAUCCGCAAGCGUCAAGUUCCCCAGGAACACUCUCAUGACUUUGUCCUCACUAUCACCAAGGAGUUCCUCGACCUUGACAACCCCAAGGAGAUUGCCGAUCCCGUCUUCGGCCUCCUGGGUGAUGCUGCUGCCGCUGAGGGUGCAGGCCAAGUCACAAACUUGGCUUGUCUGAAGCAGGAGACUGCUGAUCAGGCUUUCACCAACGCCAAGGCUAUCGGUGACCUCCGCGGUAUGGCUGGUUCGCUGCUCUUCCAGGCUAUUGAGCGCAACUCCGCCAAGGUUGGCGCUGCCAGCGAGCUCUGCACAGAGACUGCUGUCAACCCUGAGAUUGCAGCCCUUACUCAACACCAGGAUGCUGCUGGCGCUGGUGCCGAGGCUGUUAACAAGGCCGUCACCCUUGAGCUGGCCAAGCAGCUGGCUGGUAUCGGCGCUGACCCCAACCUGGCUCUCCUCAGUGGCACCUUUGCCCCUGGAGAUGUCAACGAUGCUACUGGCGCUGGAAACACCUGCGAUGACCUGGAGCCUGAUCUGGGAUGUAUCUUCUCCAAGGGCCUCCUUGUCCUCGACGCCUCAGAGGCCGAGAUCUCCGCCGCUGUGGCCGAUGUCACCCCUACCUUCACUGGUACCGGCGGUAUCUUCGCCACUGAUUUGGUCGACCUGGCUUCCUUCUCCGUCGCUGCCAACACGGAAGUUGCUGAUCUUGCCACCAUUGUCGGCGGCGCUGCAGCAACUGAUGCUGUCGCCACUGACGAUGCCGCCGCUACUGAUGCUGCCACUGCUACCGAGGAUGCUGCCGCCACUGCCACUGAUACCGCUGCCGCCACCGAGACUGCUGCGAAAGACACUGCUGCUGCUACUGAGACUGCCGCAAAGGAUACCGCGACUGCUACUCAGGGUAACGGAAAGGGAUGCGCUGUGAAAACCACCGGCACUGCUGCCCGUGCCACACAGACUGCUGCUACCACCAUCACCACGGCUAUCAAGCCUGGUGCUACUGACGCUGCCAAGGACGGCGCCCGCAAGGAUCGCGAGAAUGAUCGCGCAGAUGCUCGAGAGGGCCGCGGUGGUAACGACCGCGAGGACCGUGAGCAAGGAGGUGCUCGUGCCAGAGUUGGUGACGGUGUCAGCCUACCUCUUCUGAAGGAUGCUUAA